AGGUUUUAGGGAGAAAAUAUUUGUCAAAGUAUCGGGACCACAGAUAAUGUAGGGAAUAUAGAGAUACCCUUGAUUGGAAUGAAUGGGUUCAAAAGGAAGUAUACAAUUGCCAAGGGCAGUGGGAUCCAUUACUGCUAACCAAGGAAUGUAUCUGAGGCAGGACAGUGAAGUGACUCAGCCAACAUGUGAGAAGCAAACAAACAAGUCCUGAGGGCUACCUGUGGAAACUCUGAAAGAAAGAGGUUACAGUGUCUACACAGACACAUCCCAACAAGUGAUGAGACGCCGUUGGAGAGAGAAUGUAAGAUGAUUGGAAUUUGGAUUGCUGCACUUUAUCUGCUCAACCUAACAGCAGGCAAAGAAGUCUGCUACAAAAGAAUUGGCUGCUUUUCAAAUGAACCGCCAUGGGCUCGAAUGCCAGGGAGAUUUCUGGCCGGUUUACCCAACCCUCCAGAGAGUAUGAAGAUCAGCUUCAUUCUUUACACUAAAGAAACUAGAAAUAAUUCUGAAGUGAUCUCUGCAAUACAUUCCUCAACUAUUAAGGACUCGCAUUUCUACUCACAUAGGAAAACACGCUUCAUUGUUCAUGGAUUCAGAAGCACCGGAAAAUAUGGCUGGGUGGCAGAGAUGUGCUUGCUGCUGGUGGAAGUGGAAGAUGUGAACUGCAUUGCUGUGGACUGGAAAGAUGGUGCAAAAGGCACAUACAUUAGUUCAGUGAACAACCUCCGUGUUGUUGGAGCUGAGAUUGCUUAUUUUAUAAAGACUCUUAAGACAAUGUUUCGAUACAGCCCUUCUCAAAUCCAUAUCAUUGGCCAUAGUCUGGGGGCACAUGCUGCAGGAGAGGCAGGAAGAAGAAUACGAGGCAUCAAAAGAAUAACUGGCUUGGAUCCUGCUGGUCCCCUUUUUGAAGGCACUCCGCCUAAAGUCAGAUUGGACCCUUCGGAUGCAAGAUUUGUUGAUGUUAUUCACAGUAAUGCUGCCCACUUACCGGUUGUAGGGUUUGGAAUGGUUAAUACCACUGGCCACCUUGACUUCUACCCAAAUGGAGGAACUAUUAUGCCUGGAUGCAAUGAUAGAAGAACUCCAGUGGAAAAGAGAGACCCGAAAGCCUUAUUUAAAUGUGCUUCUAAUUCAUGCCAUCAUUCACGCAGCCAUCAGUUUUAUUUCCAAAGUAUCCUCCAUCCCAAAGGAUUUCUUGCCUAUCCCUGCAGUAGAUAUGACUUCUUCCAGUUGGGACUCUGCUUCCCAUGUCCCAGCGAAGGCUGCCCAAUGAUGGGUCAUUAUGCUGAUCAAUUUCCAGCUAAACUGGAGAAAAUACACCAAAAAUAUUUUUUAAACACAGGAGCUGAUCCACCCUUUACUAGUUGGAGCCACAGUAUCUCUCUCAAGCUAUCGGGCACAAAGCAAGUGAGGGGGGAACUAAACAUAGUUUUCCAUGAUGCAAACGGAUUCACAAAACAGUACCAAAUUAUCUGUGGACUCCUUCAUCAAGGUAGCAUUUAUACAAAGCAUAUCGAUAUUGAAAUUGACCCUACAAAUAUUAGAAAAGUGGAAUUUCUCUGGAACAAGAAUAUAUUGACCCUGCUUUGGGCCCAAUUGGGAGCAGAGAUUGUUUACAUCGUCAAUGAAGCAAAUAGACAUGUGUCUACAUAUUGUGGCAAUGGAAACGUGAAAUAUGGAAUUCCACAAUUACUUACACCUUGCUAAAUUAAAUUACAUCCACUACUAG